AUGAUGCUUGGAAAGGACAAAGAUGUUGAUGAUCUUGAACUUGACAGAGUGCCCAGCGGUCCUCGUACCUUCAAGGCCAAAGGUCCCAACUCGAAGCGUUUGUCAGGAAGACCUUCCCGUAACGCAUCCGUUACUUCUUUGCCAACCCUCGAGCCAUCCGAGGCUGAUAAGGAUGAGGAGCAUCAUCUGUUCACUGGUGGACUUGUCGGUCAGAUAACUGCAUGGCUUCGUGAAGAGAGAAAGAAACGUGAUGCGCGUAAGAUGCGCAAAUCUGCCAAUGCCUCUCAGGAACAAGAAGGCACUUCUCAUGAAAAUGUCGAUACGGCAUCUCGAUCCCGUCGUCGUAGCUCUGGCGAAAGUGUCGACCUCAGCAGACUGGAGCAAAUCUUGAAGGAAAGCAUUGAUUUCGACAAGCCUCGUAGACCAUCCCUUCUGCACCCAAGCAUCCGAAAGCGCCCAUCAGUUACUCGCCUGCACAAGUCUUCCUCCAAUGCUGGGCAAUCAUCUGACACUGAAUACUUUGACGGCGACGCUCUCGUACCCUCUGCCGAAGCUUGGCUUGAUAACACAAAGACUUUGGCUAGUGUCGGAGGUGCUGCAGACCCAGCAGAGUCGACAGAAAGUCUCGGUCUUGGUACUCGUCAAGCUUGGUCAUCGUUCAAGUAUGAGAUUGUUCGUCUUACUCAUACGCUGCGCAUCAAGGGCUGGCGUCGUGUACCCAUGGAUAUGAGUAACGAGUGCACUGUCGAAAGACUUAGUGGCGCCCUUACCAAUGCCGUCUACGUUGUGUCACCACCAAGCGUCUUACCUCCUCGUCCCACAAGCGCCGAUGGAAAACAACCCUUGCAACGCCCUCCACCCGCCAAACUUCUUCUGCGUAUUUAUGGCCCUCAGGUUGAGCAUCUCAUUGAUCGCGAAUCGGAGCUCCAAAUCCUUCGCCGUCUGGCCCGCAAACGUAUAGGACCUCGUCUGCUGGGUACAUUCAGCAACGGUCGUUUUGAGGAGUACUUCCAUGCAAAAGCACUUGAUCCCAAAGACCUGCGUAACCCGGACACGUCCAAGCAGAUUGCUAAGCGUAUGCGCGAACUUCACGAAGGUAUCGACCUGCUUGAGCGCGAGCGUGACGAGGGUGCUUUUGUCUGGCAGAACUGGGACAAAUGGUUCCAACGUGUUCAAGAUGUGACCAUGUGGCUUGAUAGCGAAGUGCUUAAGCACCAGCAAAGCAAAAACCCUUCAAAGGAAGGAUGGCAGGCUCGUGGCUUUGUCUGUGGUACUGAAUGGGCNCUUUUCAAGAAAACAGUGCAGAAAUAUCGCGAAUGGUUGGAGGCACAGUACACUGAGCCCGGCCAAUUGCGUUCUCGCUACGUCUUUGCCCACAACGAUCAACUCAUCGUCAUCGACUUCGAGUACGCCAAUGCAAACACUCCCGGGCUUGAGUUCGCCAACCACUUUACAGAGUGGUGCUACAACUACCACGACGAGAAAGUCCCUUGGCGCUGCAAUACGUCCUUGUACCCCACCCCUGAAGAACAGGAACGUUUCCUUCGCGCCUAUGUGCGUCACCGUCCUCAGUUCAACGCUGCAACUCCCAUGCUAGGACCUCAAGACGGCGCUGCCGCAGAAAAGGAAAAGGACAAGCCCAAGCGCCCGACUGGUCCUACGAGCAGCAUCUCGAACUUCAUGUUGGACGCAAGAGGACCUCCCGAAUCGGCCGCCACAACCGCAAAGCAAGAUGCAGAAUAUCAAGCCCAGGAAGAUGCUCAAGUACGCUCACUCCUCCGCGAAACACACAUGUGGCGACUUGCAAACACUACUCAAUGGGUAGCUUGGGGUAUCGUGCAGGCCAAAGUACCUGGUCUGCCCUCUGCUCCAUCCUCGACCAUCCCUCUAUCGGAGACCCCAGAUGAGAUUACACCCACAGGAGAGCAACCAUUUUCUGAUCCUCUUGACGCAGAGGCAAAGCAGUUGCAAGACGAUAUCAGCGACAAGAGACCUGAUCCGAACGAGGAAGAUGAUGAGCAAGCGGAGGAAGAGUUUGACUACCUGGCUUAUGCUAGAGAUAGAGCCAUGUUCUUCUGGGGCGAUGCCUUGAGUCUAGGAAUCGUGAGCGAGGAGGAGUUGCCUGAGGAUGUCAGAAAUUCUGUCAAGAGAGUUGAGAACUGA